AUGACGUACCAUUCAAUUCAGAAGUCUGGUGUCCAUUACAGGUACUCGCAAUUGAGGCGGAACAAGAAUAACCUGGGGUUCCUGCUCAUUGCCCUGAUAGUGGCUCUGAUAAUCUUAAGAGAGAAUCUGAAACCAGGUCCAGAGUUUGAGACAUUGUCGUCAAAACUGCGGUCUGGAUCAGCCAGCUCCGACCUACUGGAGCUGGAUGAAGAGGCUCAGAUUCAUACUGACAGCGGCCUGCCUGUUCCAUGGGCCGUGUCUUAUUCUCCAUACACCAGUGACGGGUCUUGUAAACGGUCUCAGGAUAUUACCAAAGAUCUUAACAGUAUAGCCGACAUUGGCACCAAAGCAGUUCGUCUAUUUUCCAGUGACUGUGAAGUUCUCGAGUCACUAUCUAAUGUCCGUCAAUUGCGAGUCAUUCUAGGAAUUCAUCCUCACUCUGAGAAGGGCAGUAUAUCGGAGCUCACUGAAUCUCUUGACGAGCAAAUGGACGAAAUUACUCGAUGUAAGUGCUGGUCGAAUAUUGAUAUGUUAGUAGUUGGCAGUCAGGGUGUGUUUGCUGAAUUAUACACACGAGCUGAUCUGGUGAAAAUGCUCAGAUAUGUUCGCAGCAAAGUAUCAGGCAUUGAUGCAUUCCAAGGCCUUUUGAGCACAGCUGAGCCCGUUGAGUCAUAUAUCUCGAGUACCAAGUACAACGCGGUAUCUGUGUCUGAGUAUAAAAAGUUCCAACGAAUUCUUAGUCGCGACGUGAUUCCCGACGACGAUUUUGAUCUGUUUGUUGAGGACAAUGAUCUCUGUUCAGUGGUUGAUGUUAUUGGACUGGUCGUUCAGCCAUACUUCAACUCGGCCAUCGACGCUUCAGAAGCUGGAUCUCUAGUAUCACGAGACGUUCGUUUUGCAAAACACUUGUGUUCCGACAAGUUCAUUGGCAGUGCUCAUACCAGACCAUCCAACCCAGAUAGCGUGAACCAUCCAUUUUCCGAGCUCGCUGAUAACCAAUCCACCACCCACAUUCCUCCUGUAGCAGUCCUUGAAGCCGGUUGGCCCUCGUCUGGAGAACCCAAUGGCCAAGCCAUUGCCUCACCAGAACACCAAAAGAUCGCCUUUGAAGAACUGCUGACUGCUCGCGACCUCGAAACCAACGAACGCAUUCCCGUCUCACUCUACACCUUCCAGGACGAACUCUGGCGAGAUCCCGGCCCACUCUCUGUCGAGACCUCCUUCGGAAUCAGCAACCAGUACCUCUAG